AUGAACGAUUCAGAUGAGUUUCUAUCUCUGUGUAAUGAAGCUUCAACUUCAAGUUCUAACAACGUAGUGGAAAAUGUUGGCAAAAACUUGCCGCGUAUUCUUGAUGGCAAGUUCUUUCAAUUUUGUAAAGAAGAGUCUACAGAUCGCAAACGAGUUGGAAUGUGCACGUUGUGCUUGCCAAAACAAGUCAAAAUAUCCGGAACGUUGCCUUCAACGUCUAACUUUGUUACGCACCUAAAAAGAAAACAUGGAGAAAGUGCACUCAACGACUAUAAAACAUAUUUUGCCAGUAAUAAAAAAACGAAGAAAACAAGUCCAGAAACUCAGUUACAGUCAAAAGCUAAGGCAUCACAAGAAGAAUUUAAUGAAAACAUUGUCAAAUUUUUCAUACAUUCCCUGAUACCCCUCAGAGCAAUUGAGGAUCCGUACCUGAAAAAAACCUAUGAAAAUGCAGAGUUUGGUGUGGAAAUAGAUUCUAUUAAUUCGAUCGAAAUAGUUGAAUUUGAAGAUAAAGACUCAGAAAUUGAGGACAUUUUUAAUGCUUCAGAAGAUGAUGUUCAAUCAGAAGUUAGUAGUACAACAUCGCAUGACAAGUCUGAAACCGAUCCCUUAUCUAUUGAAAAUGUUCAUGUGUCUCCUGAACUGCCAGCUCACCUGAGAUGUUCUGCUCAUAAACUUAACUUGUGCGCAACCACAGAUGCUGGAAAAGUGCUUCGAAAUCAAAAUACCAGCCUAUCCAAAACGCAUGAGCGAGUAAUAAAUAAAUGCAACAAACUAUGGAAUGCUGCUGGUCGGCCAAAAUCAGCAGAAAUAAUCCAAACGGUUUUGGGACAUACGUUAUCAAGGCCAGGAGAUACUAGGUGGAAUAGUACUUACGACGCACUAGGACAAAUAUAUGCUAUAAAAGAUAAAAGCAUUCCGCUGUAUGAAACUUUAAAAAUCAGUUGCAGUAGUCAGUUGCGGCACAACGAAUUCCAUUACAUCCAAGAAUACUUAAAAUGUUCUAAACCAAUAGCAGAUGCACUUGACAUUUUGCAAGAAGAGCAUCAAAGAUUGAAAUCAUUUUUCAAAGCCACUAUUGCAAAAGAAGUUUCGGAAAAUACUGAUUCGAGUUCAGCAAUGAAAAAUCAAAAUAAAAAUGAUUUUUUUCAAUUUGAUAGCUCUUCUUCUGAUACUGAGGAAGACGUAUACCGAGUGCAGAGGUCAAAAGCCGAUCUGAUAGUUUCCUAUUAUUUAUCAGAUAUGGAACAAGAUUUAAAUGCUCUUCAUAGAUACCCAGAAGUGAAAAAAGUAUUUAUAAAAUACAAUACCCCUUUACCUUCUUCAGCUCCAGUGGAAAGACUAUUUUCAUAUGCCACCAUGAUAAAUCAUCCGAAAUCCCACAAGCUGUCCGAUGAAAUGUUCGAAAAACGAGUAGUAUUGAAGGCUAAUUUGAAUGAUUAG